AUGACUUAUUUUACAGGGUGUGCAGAUCAUUCUAAGAAAAAAAUAAAUUCUUAUUUAAAACCUAAAAUAAAUCCAUCAUAUGUAAAUGGAGAUAGUUAUCUUUGGCUUCUUAAGCCUACAAAUACUAAUAGAGGAAGUGGCAUUUUUAUUUUUAAUACUUUGGAUGAACUAGAAAAACACAUAUUUUAAUUUCAAUAAGAAAGUGAUUAAAUAAAUAAUUGCUUUAUUCAUUUAACUAAUAAUGCAAUUUAGAGAUUUUCAGAUAAUUAUGGAGAAUUCGAAAAGGGUAAUUAGUUGAGUUUAUAAUCUUUUUUUGAAUACUGCAAAAAAGUAGAUCCGAAUAUCGAUAUAGAAAAAAUGCAUUCUGAAAUGAAAAAUAUAACUAUGAUGACUAUGUAAGCUGCAAAAAAGAAAAUAAAUGCAGAAAAUAUAAAACAUACUUUUGAAAUUUUCGGAUAUGACUUCAUUAUUGAUUAUAAAUUUAAUAUAUUUCUUAUUGAAGUAAAUACUAAUCCUUGUUUGGAUGAGUCUUCUCCCCAUUUAUAAUAAUGCCUUAAAAGAAUGCUAGAUGAUGGUUUUAAAUUAACUGUAGAUUAAAUAUUUCCAAAAAAACAAAAAGAUUAUCCUUUUUUUAAAUCUAAUUCUUAAGUCUAUAUUAAAUAAUCAUUGCUUUAAAAAAACAGUAUGCCUGAAUCGUUAGAAUAAUAAGAUAAUCUAAAUUUAGGAUAAAAUGAAGGAAAUAAAAAAGGUACUAAAAGUUUAAAUAAUUCCUGGCCUAUAGAUGGUUUUUCUAAUUAGGAAAAUAUGUGGGAAUAUUUAGGGUCUAUUUAUUAUAAGACAGUUUCUAAAUCUAUUAAUUAAAGGAAGCCUUUUUGA